AUGCCGGUCCUAAACUACUACAUCGUGCCCUCCUCAAGGCUCCGUCCAACCCUCCCUACUCCACCGUCUCCCUACUUUUUCGGACAGACAAAGCCUACCGACGUUGUGCACGAGGGGUACUUUAUUCUGAAGGGAUCUAUCAUUAUUACAAACAUCUGGAAGAUGCCGCACGAGCCUACGAUCUAUGUUGGCCCAAUGGUCUUCCGACCGGAGCGCUUCCUUGGCAAUAAUCCCGAACGCGACCCUAUGGAGUUCAUGUAUGGCUUCGGGCACGAUCUAUACGACGGCAUCGCGAUGUGUUUGCAUGUGUUCGAUUUCUCGACGGCUCGCGAUCCAGCCACGGGCAAGGAAAUCGCGCCGGAGUAUAUUCCACUUCCUGGGACUGUCAGUCACCCCACGCACGCCUUUCCCUUGCAAGGUCACGCCAAGGAGUGA